UCCUCUCUGCAGCUGGAGGCUCAGUUGACCAGCGUCGCAACCGAGCGAUGCGCCUCCAGCAGAAGAAGCUCUUCACCUUGGCGCGGCGUGUCUGAUUUCCACCUCGCAGCUCACUCCCUCACGUCUGACUGACAUCCACUUGUGUUCCCCAGCACCCGCGUCAGUCUAAUUUCGAGGGGGAAACUUCCAACAAGACAAGGUUUUCGAUUUGCAUAUCCGAGAACUGAUCUCUCGCAACAGGCAUCUGUUUCCUCUUCUUCCCUCUCUUGGAUCGAUCCGCUGCACGGUGGAGGAUCUGCUUACGACAUAACCGAUUUCCUUCAUUUUCUGAAGACGAGCCAGUGUCAGCUGAUAACGCGAUCGAAGAGGAUGAUGUGGGAAGCGCCGGACAAACUCGUCUGAUUCUGGUCAAGUGUGUCCUCGGUUCGUGUGUCGUGGAGGAUCGAGAGCAUCUCCAGGUCUAACAGGGAGCAGAGGAGGCUGACUGACUGUCCACGGGCUGUUAUAAGGUGGAGCAGCAGUAACCAGCAGCCAUGCUGUCAUUGGACGAACCGCUGGACUUGAAGCUUCCCUCGGGACGCACACACGGUCCGGUGAGAUUAGGAAAGAGGGCGUGUCCGUCCUCCAUCUGCGCCCCCCUCAGCGGCACGCGGCCACGCCUGCUCUGCACCACCUUCCCUUCGCCGCCCUCCUCCCCUGAUUCCCAGUCUCCCUCUCUGGAACGACCCGGGUCCUGCUUCACUCCGCCGGCCAUGGACCUCAGCCUGUCCCCCUCCUCCCGCCACGCCUCCUCCCUCUCCCCGUCUCCUUCCUCCCCCUCCUCCCCGUCCCCGUCCUCCCUCCUGGAGUCGCCUCACAGCAGCCGCAGCCCUCAGCCACAUGUGUUCUCUCGGGAAGCAGCCCGUCAUCAAGGCCUGGAGGGCGGAGCUUCACCGCAGGGUUUUCCGUUCUACCUGCCCAUUGGAAGCCCGCCGCGGGGCUACAGCUUCCCCUCCUCCAUGUUCAUCGGCCAGAACCGGGAGAAGCAGGUGUCACCGGAGCCCUCACUGGACGGUCAGCUAGCCUGCCGCUGGAGGAAGUGCCACCUGCUGUUCGACUCGCUGCAGGACCUGGUGGAUCACAUCAACGACUUCCACGUCAAACCUGAGAAGGAUUCCGGCUACUGCUGCCAGUGGGAGGGCUGUGCUCGCAACGGCAGGGGCUUCAACGCCAGAUACAAAAUGCUGAUUCACAUCCGCACGCACACCAACGAGAAGCCGCACCAUUGUCCCACCUGUAACAAGAGCUUCUCACGCCUGGAGAACCUGAAGAUACACACCCGCUCGCACACAGGAGAAAAGCCCUACGUCUGCCCGUACGAAGGCUGCAGCAAGCGCUACUCCAACUCCAGCGACCGCUUCAAACACACCCGCACACACUACGUGGACAAGCCGUACUACUGCAAGAUGGCCGGCUGCCUGAAGCGCUACACCGAUCCCAGCUCGCUGCGCAAGCACAUCAAGGCCCACGGGCACUUUGUCGCCCCGGAGCAAGGCGCCCCCAGGUCGGGGCUGGGGUCGGGGCUGGGCCUGCCCGGGCACCAGAGCGCCGCUGAACUGCCGUCCGUAGGCGGAGCCCACAUCAUCAUACCCGGGGCAGCGGCGGCUCUCCUCGGGGGUCUCGGGGCCUCAUUGCCCCUGUCCGCCUACUGCCACGCCAGAGCCCUGGGCCACCACGGGGCCCCGCUCUUCUCGGUGGGAGGCGGCAGCGGCGUGGGGCCGCUGGGCCUCUCGGACUCCCGCCUGUUGCACUUUGGACUCUCGGCCGCCUCCAUGUUGGGGCUGGGGGCUCUGGGGGGUCUGGGCCGCAUGGUGGCUAAGGAGAUGGUGGGCGAGGAGCAAGAGGAAGACGGAGAGGUGUUGAACCUGUCUGCCGGGGUGGGCCCGAGACGCAGUGACGCUUUCUCCUGGGUGGUUGUUCCGCCAAGGGCGCUCCUCCUCAAGCCAGCUGCCGUCAGCUAGGACGGGGAAAUCCACCAUUCCAAGAAGAACCAGGGAGUGUUUGUGUGUGUGUGUGUGUGUGUGUGUGUGUGUGUGUGUGUGUGAGAGAGAAUUCCCAGAAAUACAUGACUGUAAUGUGUCAUUCCACAAAGAAAGACAGAAGUCUUUGUCUUUGUCAGCCAUGUUUUCGCACCAUGCAUGUCUCAGUCGCCUCACGACCUAAAGGAGACCUUCGCCCGUGUGACUAUAAAAAAAAUGUGAUGCAUCUCGCCAUGCGGAGCCGUUUGUCUCUGGCCGAGCUUCCGACGUGUCCUUCUCCGACGUCUGCCAACAAAGGUUUGGGACAGCGAUAUUUUUUGUACAGGUCCAUGAUUGGACCCCCCCGACUUUUAAUGCGGCGCCGUCGUCGGCUCGACAUUUUUGAACUCUUCCCCCGGUCCUGAUGCAAAUAUCCACCCGGUGGUUCUGCACGCGCACAGCGACAGUAGUGAGCCUCCAUUCCUGCUGCGACGGCGGGACGUCCGGCGACGGGUGACGUAGGGAGGGAUGUCAACUCUUCAGCGGCUGGCGCGGAUAUUAAUUAUUUAAUAUUGUCAACUCGAGCGACAAUAUUAAAUAAUUAAACAAUUAGAUAAUUAAACUCCAAUAGUUUUCCGGGUGGUGGGCGGACGCUGUAGAGGAGGUUCAUCUCCAAAGCUCUGGCGAGACACACAUCCAUCCGCACGGCGCGGUGCGGACCACGUGAGACAGAUGUGUGCGAUUUGGGUGAACUGAUCCUUUUUUGUUUUUUUCAUAUUCCAAGAUUAUUGGCUCUUCGUCGUUCGACCCGACACCUCGACCUCGUGCUCGAUGAGCAUUUCACCGCAGACAAUCGACCUGUACCAGGUUUACUGAGCCACGUGCACUUAUCAUUUCUUUCCACUUGUUCUGUCCGACAACCCCCACUGACUGCUGCGUUCUCCCAGACGAGAAGAAAGAAGAGAUGCAGGAUUACGGGGCGCAAAUGGGGAAAUACAGUCCAUACUCAAUAAUGUAACGUAAAAUGGACUUCGUUAUGACCUGCAUAUGUUGCAUCCAUGUAUCGGUAUAUAGGUGUUUCCUUUAGGCGAAGUAAAGAGCUUGUGCAAUCGAGGGGUUCAAUUUCAAAAUGAGAGAUAAACCACUUCAGAGGAAUUUGAUUCCCACAAGAUGACGACUGACUUUCCCCCAAAAAAACAAAAAACAAUAUUGUUUGUGAAUAUAAUCGUGUAUUCGAACAGAUUUUCGCCUGCUCAAAGAGAUUCCAAGGGCCACGGAGAGUCCUUGGAAUCGAACCCCUUCGUGGCGACGCUUGAUGCCGCGUGACUCGUUUAUCCGGUGCCGGAAAAAUCUGGCGUGUGUGCAAUAUGAACUGAGAGGGCUGCGUCUUUGGCGAGGGCCCCGGCGAGCAAAAAGACAAACCUCCCGGGGAGCGGACGCCAAGCGAGUCGGUGUCGCCCGUGGUGAGAGGCUCUCCGCUGCCGCGUGGCUCGUUGGGACCCGGAGAGGCCGUGACACAGAACAUCGUCGGGGACAUUCACACACACACACACACACACACACACACACACACACACAUGUGUGUGUGUGUGUGUGUGUGUGUGUGCGCUACGGCGUGUGACAAAAGUUGACCAUGUGAUUUUUUUUUCUCUUUUUCAAGUCACAAGAAAACAACAACAACAACCUGAAUCGACGUAAGUGAAUGUAAGGUUUGCAGUUUUAAUCUUUCAGCCAAUUCUUCUUCUUCGCGCCGCUUAUGGACACAGAGACAAUGACCGCGAUAGGAUCGGCGAUUUGCCUUUUAGACGAGAGGCAACCGAGUAACGCUUCCAACCAGGAAACGCGGUAGACAAGGGUGUGUAUUAGUCAAAUUCACGGGUACACAUUUGCUUUUGAUAAUCAAAAGGUACACAAGGGGAAACCGCACUGCGGUCGGUUUAUUUCUUUCCGGAAGGGGAAAUGUUUGACGACGGCCACGCGUGGCCUGUAACCGCGCUGUUGUUUAGCUUCUACUCUCUGUUUGCACAUUGAUCAGUAUUUCAACGGUGUCCAAGUGCCUCGUGUUUCAACCGAGAUAUAUAUCACACGUUAUAUGAUUAAAAAAAAAAGAAGAAAAAAAAAGAGGAAAUAUUUACGCAAAUGUAAAAGUGUAUAAAUCUACUUUUCAUGACAUUUUUUUUUAUUUUUUGUUGUUGUUGUUGUUGUUGUUGAAAAAAAGUGAUAUUUUAAUAAUGUUGACAACAGAUGUGAUUUGUACAUCAGGGCCGCCUGCAACACUUUCUCUGAAGAAGUCACCGCUGUCGAUGACUAUGACGAUGACUCCGCCAAAAAUAAACACCAGCGAGUGAAACAAA